AUGCUGCAAGAAAUCUGGAUUACACGACAUGGCUUUCGCGAAGAUUGGGUUACGGACAACCCUCAUUUACCAACAAAUCUCAAGAACGAUCCGCCGUUGUCCGAGUUGGGCAGAGAACAAGCCCAAGAACUUGGAGCUUUUUUGAAAGACAAAGGCAUCGAGCGUGUUUACAGCUCUCCUUUUUACCGCGUUUUACAGACUGUUUAUCCUUUGAUUGAAGAGACUGAUGUUCCCUUACACCUUGAUAACUGCAUGAGUGAAUGGUACGGUGCCGCUUACGACCGUUACUUGCCGCCAGCGCCUUUUGAGAAGUUAAAGGAAUUGUUCCCAAAACUCGACUUAUCACAUGAAUCAAGUAUUCCUCUUCCUGUUGGCGUAGAAACUGUGUCGAUUUGCCAUCAACGCGUUAGAGAUGGAUUGGAAACCUUAUUGGACGAGCUCGAUAAAGAACCUAAUGGCCCUUCGUCUAUUCUACUGGCAGGACAUGCUGCUUCGGUGAUUUGCGCUGUGCGAGCAUUACUGGGUGACGAAACAUUCCCUGUACGAUCAGGAACGGCGAGUUUGUCUAAAUUUGUGCGAAAGGACAAUGGUGAAGGCUGGGAACUCGUUAUGCACGGUGAUUGUUCGCACCUUUCCAAGGGAGAACAGCGUGCAUGGAUGUUCUCGGGCGAUAUCCCGGAUUAUGAAAAGAAAAAGAUGGAAGAAGGUGUUGAUGAAAGCCCUAGAAUAGUUGAACACCAUACUCACUCAUAG